AUGGACUGCAGUUCCGAUGAGUCAUCAGAGCUAAGUGAUACAGAUGUUGAUGACUAUGCUGAGAAGGUGUACAUGGACCUGAAGUCCGGCAAGCUUGUGGCUAGACUAGGCACUGACAGGUUUAGAUGCCCGUUCUGCCCCGGGAAGAAGAAGCUGGACUACUGUUACAAUGAGCUACUUCAGCAUGCCAUUGGGGUGGGUGCAUCCAAUCGCGCUGCCAAGGUGAAGGCAAACCACCAGGCCCUGGCCAAUCUUCUCAAGACUGAUCAUGCUGAUGCGGCAGGCUCAUUGCCGUGGCGACAAGCUGAAGCACUGUUUAAUCCUCCUAAGCCUGUGCAAGAUCAAGAGCUGUUUGUUUAUCCUUGGAUGGGCAUUCUUGCCAAUGUUCCAGCAGAGCAAACAGAGAAAGGUGGAGCCACUGUGAUGCAGCAGCUAGAUCAUUUCAGACCCUCGCGGUUAGAUGCUGUGCAUUGUUCUAAUGGGUACACUGGAUAUGUGGUUGUUCACUUUCACAAGGAUUGGAUUGGAUUCAAGGAUGCCUUGGCAUUCCAUAACUACUAUAAAUCACAUCAUUUGGGUAAAAUGAACUGGAAUGAGGCAGCUCGGAAGGGAAAGUAUAUUUUUGGUUGGCUGGCAAAAGAAGAGGAUUACAGUUCAGAUGAUCCAGUUGGUAAGUUCUUGUCAGAAAGAGGUGAGCUGAAGACAGUGCCUGAACUGCAACUUGAGCUAUCCCAGAAGACUGAGACUAUCAUAACUAAUUUGACAAACCAGAUUAGUGCUAAGAGCAAGUAUUUACUGGAACUUGAGUGCAAGUGUAAUCAGAUGGAUCUCGCUCUUCAAAGGGCCAUGGAGGACACUGACUCACUGCACCAACGCUACAAUGAAGAAAUGCGAAAUAUGCAGUCUGCUGCCCGUGAACAUUCACGGAGAAUUGUUCAAGAGACUGAUCAGCUGAGAAAGCAGUUGGAUGAGAAAGAGCAUGACAUCAAAAGGAGAUCCAAGCAACUAAGGGAGAUAGUUGCUCAAACUGACAUGGAAAGAAGAGAGCUGGAAAAUGAGAGGAAAAAGAAUGAUGUUCAAAAUGAUUCCCUCCAUAUGGCAAGAAUUGAGCAAAAGAAAGCCAAUGAAAGUGUGCGAAUUCUUGUUGAGAAACAUAAGAAAGAGAAGGAAGCUGCUUUGAAAGAAAUCCUCAUGUUAGAGAAGAAGCUGGAUGAGAAGCAAAAGCUUGAGCUGGAUAUAGAACAGCUUAGAGGCAAACUGAAGGUGGUGAAACACAUGGAGGGAGAGGGUGUUGAUGUGAAGAAACUUACUGAAGAGCUGACCAAGAAACUAGAUGAAAGAAUGGAGGCCAUGGAACACUUGGAUCAGCUAAAUCAAGCUCUGAUCAUCAAAGAGAGGAUGACCAAUGAUGAACUGCAAGAUGCAAAGAAAGAACUGAAGAAGGGCUUGGGUGAUUUGUUAAACCCUAACAGCAACAUUGGAAUCAAGAGGAUGGGUGAACUGGAUGAGAAGCCGUUUCUUAGAGCUUGCAACGAAAGAUAUGGCGAAGAGGCUGAAACAAAAGCUCUUGAAUUCUGCUCAUUGUGGCAAGAUAAUCUCAGGGAUGCUAAUUGGCAUCCUUUCAAGGUAGUGACCACAGGUGAAACAGCCAAGCAAAUCAUCAACGAAGGUGACGAAAAGCUGGUGGACUUGAAGGAGCAGCUCGGAGAAGAGGUCUACAAGGCUGUGACCGUGGCGCUACUGGAGAUCAAUGAGUACAACGCCAGCGGCAGCUACGUGGUCUCUGAGCUGUGGAACAACAAAGAGAACAAAAAGGCCAGCAUUGGGGAAGUCGUGGAGCACAUUCUCAAGCAAUGGAAGGCUCAGAAACGAAAGAGGUGAUAAAUGCAUCACACCAUAAGAAGCUAGGGUGUUGCAUUUUGGAGGUUCAGCAGAUUAGAUGGGACUGCGAUGGUUUCCUUUUUACCAUGAUUCAGAUUCUGUUCGUAAACUGCAAGUUACGUGCUAUUCUGAAUGCACACUGAUGUCAUCUCGGAACCGUCCACAUUUUGCAAGAACCAA